UUGUUUUCUGUUUUCAUUUUCUGUAGGCUGCCAUCCAACUCCUACAGCAGAAAAUCCAAACCAUAAAAGUCCUGCAGAGAUGGGAAAAAUCAUUGUUUAUGAGCAUGCUAACUUCAAGGGUAUGUCCAAAGAAUUCCACACCAACAUUGCCAACCUAAAAGAUGCAGAUUGGAAUGAUUGUAUCUCCUCAGUGAGAGUAAUUGGCCAUCCUUGGGUGGCUUAUCAGCAUGCAGACUACAAAGGACAGUUACUGGUACUGGAGGAGGGCGAUCAUGACUUCGUUGGUAAAAAGAUGAAUGAUAGGAUCAGCUCUCUGCAGGUGAUCACUGAAAAUCUGCACAAUCCCGAGAUCACUCUCUACGAACAUGCUGAUUAUCAAGGGAGGAGCAGAGUAAUAAGAGAAGCAACCAAUCUGUCUAGGGGACAUGACAAUGACACUACAUCUUCACACAAAGUCCAGAGAGGUGCCUGGCUGCUGUGCGAAAACGGUGAUGGAAGUGGAUUUCAGUACAUUGCACGAGAGCAUGAGCACCUUCCAAAUUACAAGGCCAUCAAGUUCAACGACAAGCUUUCCUUCCUGCGUCCCCUGCGCCCUGGCUGUGGCUGUUAGAACGCAGAUCCUGCAGCGCUGAGAAAAGAUGCAGCCCCAGCAAGAAAUUUGAGAACUCGUUCUCUCCCUCUGCUUUUGUCACUUUUCCCCCAGCAUCACAGGACCACUGAAAGUGAGAGCUCUCCUGCCUCUGUCAUUUUCUGUAAUCCAUUUUGUGUUGGUGCCAAUAAAGAAUCUUUUGCAAUCA